CGAUUUUCUGUUUUUUUCCCGUUUUAUAUAUAUAGAUAUAUAUACUUUGAAAUUGAUUUUUUUUUUCAUUUUAAAAAGCUUUGCUUUCUUGAACGGAACACGAUUCGCAAAAAGUGAUAGAGUCAAUAGAGUUGAGCGUUAUGUAAAUUAUACACAUGGUGAAAAGGCCAUUUGAAGAAGUUGAAAAUCCAAAACUACUCGAAUUCGAAUAUUUACUUUAUAGCCACUUGUAGAAAAAAAAAGUCAGCAAUAAACGGCUUAUCGUCUGUAAUUAUGGCGUUAGCUUCUGAAAAUUCUCAUCAAGUUCAAUCUGCUAACGAGAAAUUCGACGCCGCCUUUCAACGUGCUGUUGAAGAGUAUAAUAAGGCUCAGAGGACUAUUUCGGCAAGGAUACGGUCCAACCAACAAAUGGUAUUACGGAGAUUUGAGAGAACUUAUCUCACUACAAAAUUAAAUGAAGCCAGGUUAACGAACGAUAAAAAGCUGGAAAGAGCUAUUAGAGCUCAAUUAGAAGGGUUUAUGAAUAACAGGGGAAGUUGGCAGGAUUCAAAAUUGUUAGACGACAUUGUUGCUAGAUCUUCGACGAGAAGAGAAGAGAGAGAUAGGAUAAGAAAUGCUUCUUUUCAAUUUGAACAAAACUGUUUUGAACAAAUUAAAAGUCCUGAUCGGUUAGCGAGACCGAUUACAACCAAUUAUCCUUUAUUUAAGAAGGAAGCAAAAUCAAAAAGUCACGGAUUACCACCAAAAACAGCUGACGGAUAUCUAGGAACACUAAGUUGUCAUCAAAUUGGAGCGGGUCGAUUACGUAGUUCACUGGACAACAGACCAAGAUCUGUAAGUGUUCCAUUUCCAACGUGUACCUCAGCAAAAUCUGAUUUAAAGCGAACUGUCGAUUUUCGAUCAAGGGCUGAGAAAUUCUACAAAACUGUUGAACCCUUACUAAUACCUUCUAAGACUGAUUACUAUAGUUCAAGAAUGAAGGGAGUCGUACGUAUAAAUUUGGAUAUAAAUCCUUUAAAUUACAAUACGGGUAGUACAGAUACUUUAAUGAAAACUCAGAAAGUUAGAAAUUUAACAUUUAAAUAUGUUGAUAACACUAAAUUGACCGAUGAUUUUGAAUGAAACUAUACCUAGCAACCAAUAUUAGUCAUUGCUAGAGAGAGAGAGAGAGAGAGAGAAAAGCUCUUUUUUAGUUGGUUCGUUAACAAACUACCAAAACAAAUUAGAACUUCUUAAUUAAAUAUUUUAAUAGUGUCAUAUGUCAUAUUUCGUUUAAUUAAACGCUUCUAGAUAUUUAUAAUACUUGUAAAAAUCUUGUCAAGGGUUUGCUUAAUCCAUUCAAAACGCUGAAUUUAUAAAAGAAUUAAAUUUCAACCAUAAAAUUUAAAUAAACAAUCUUCCCUUCCCUUUCAACCCCCGCUUUAAUCAUAUUGAUAUAUAUUAACAAAUAUUACUAAAACAACGCCAUCUAGUAAUACUUCUGUGUGCCAUAAUUUUCUAUAUGAACGCAUAAUUUUCGUAUAUAUAUACUGUAUAUCUUGUAAUAUUUCCUUGAA